AUGUCUAAAGAAAUUGAUGUUCCAGUUCUUUCUCUUGAUGAUGAUCUUAUGGUUGAUAAGGACUACAAGUUGUUCUUUGAUCAUCUCAGUGAUAAAGUUACUCCGUUUGAAGAUGACAGUGGAGAAUCUGAGAUUCGUAAGCUUAACCUCAACAUGUUUUCUAGUGAUUCAAACAGAUCAAAGAGGAAGAUAGCCGAGUUAGAGGAUGAGAGUUUAUGGGAUGUUCCAUUGUAUAGAACCUUAGAAGUCAUCAAACGUGACAACGAAGCUAGGAAACUGGCGGAGUCAAUGGUUGAGGACACUUCAUGGGAUGUUCCAUUAGUUAGAGCCCAAGAAGUCAUCCAACGAGGCAGCAAAGCUAGGAAAGUGUCAGAGUCAACAGAGGUUGACACUUUAUGGGAUGUUCCCUUGGUUAAAGCACAAGAAGUCAUCCAACGAGACAACAAAGCUAGAAAGUUCAUAGAGUCAAAGGUUGACACGUUACGGGAUGUUCCAUUGGUUAGAACCAAAGAAGUCAUCCAACGAGACAACAAGAUGUCUGAACUAAGGAAGAAGAGAGAUAAGGCUGCAGAGACAUCAAAGGUUGUUCCUGUGAAGCGAGUACAUAGAGUUACUGAGACUAAGGCUGUUGAUGAGACAAGGAAGAAGAGUGUGGAAGAGAGUGUGGAUAAGGAUUACAUGAGUUACCUCACAUGGCUUGUAGACUCUUCUAAAAGUCCCCCUGAAAAGGAUCUAUUGGAAAAAGUAAAGGUUGAGCUUGAGUCUUGUUCUGAUGAUGAUGAUAUAAUUGAGGUUAGUGAUACUCCAUUCACAGAUGGAGAAACCACACCUUUUGUGGUGUCUAAGAGUAAGACCGUGAUUGAUCUUGAGGAUGAUAGUACAGAGGAUGAAAGUGGUGAUAGUUGUGUGUUUAGAAGGGAGCUAAUGGAUGUUCUUGAGAAACCGUUCGAUGAAGGAGAGUUGUUGUUACUCUCUGGUCAGGCAUCGAUGAAGAAACGAGUGAGUAGAUGUAGAGAACUGAGAAAGGGAAGAGAGAGUAGCUAUGAGACUUCUGAGCUGGGACUGUCUUAUCUUGAGAAGGUAUGUGAUUUCGAUAAAGAAUACAAGCUUGUGGAGGGUGAUGAUAAGGCGAGGUUGGAGUUGCUGCGUGGUUUUUUCUUUUACUUGGAGAAUAUUUGUCUCCCUGGUGCUUUCAAGCCUUGGUUACCAGAGAACGGGAAGAAGCUUGGACAAAGAUAG